UCGCAUUUAAACAAACACGGUCCUGCCGAAGAUGGCGGAGAGUUUGUAGAGGCGUAAAAAGAAACUGCUCCACUCAAUGAAAGCGUCGAAGCCGGAGAUGUUAAGACAUUGAAGCAACACUAGACCCUGAAUGGAGCUUGACUGGGGGUUCUACUGGUCAAGGGGCUGAUAUGCGCUGAAGAUGAGUGGCGUAGGAGACAACUCGCUGGAGCCGCUGUGCUCCGACCGCAAACGUAAACUCUCCACCUGCGACACGCCGGGCUUAGGGUGUGACAAGCGUCGGAGGGAACAGGAGAGCAAGUACAUCGAGGAGCUGGCGGAGCUCAUCUCUGCCAAUCUCUCCAACAUUGACAGCUUCAACGUCAAGCCUGACAAAUGUGCCAUCCUCAAAGAGACCGUGAGACAGAUCAGACAAAUAAAAGAGCAAGGAAAGAGCUCUUGCAGUGAUGACGAUGUCCAGAAGGCGGAUGUCUCCUCCACUGGUCAGGGGGUCAUUGACAAGGACCAUCUGGGACCACUGCUCCUACAGGCCUUGGACGGAUUUCUGUUCGUGGUCAACCGAGAUGGCAACAUUGUGUUUGUGUCCGACAACGUGACGCAGUACCUGCAGUACAAGCAGGAGGAGCUAAUCAACACCAGCGUGUACAACAUCAUCCACGACGAGGACAGGGAGGAGUUCCACAAGAAUCUGCCCAAGUCUAAUGCACCAAACGGGGCAUCGUGGGGUGGAGAGGCACCCCGGCAGAAGAGCCACACCUUCAACUGUCGCAUGCUGGUCAACUUUGUUCACGGUCAGAGUCAUGUGAUGUCAGAAGAGAGGCCGGGGGGCCAACGCUAUGAGACCAUGCAGUGCUUUGCCCUCACUCAGCCCCGAGCCAUGAUGGAGGAGGGGGAAGAUUUGCAGUCAUGUAUGAUCUGUGUGGCGCGACGCAUCAUUCAUGUAGAGAGGACGGAGAGGUUUAGCACUCGCCAUGAACUGUCUGGUAAACUGAUUGAAAUUGAGCAGCAGUCCUCUCUAAGCACCACUAUGCGCCCGGGCUGGGAGGACCUGGUGAGGCGCUGCAUGCAGAUGUUCCUCAAUCGAAGUGAGGGACAACCAUGGUCCUACAAACGGCACUAUCAAGAUGCUUUCCAUACUGGUCAUGCGGAGACCCCUCUCUACCGCUUCUCGCUCGCUGAUGGCACCCCAGUCACAGCCCAGACCAGGAGCGACCUCUGCAGGAAUCCCAGCACCAACGAGCCACACUCGUACCUCUCCACACAUUUGCUACAAAGGGAGCAGAAUGGUUAUCGAGCGAACCAGGGAGCAGCUAUGAGGCCUCAAAACAUGCCUGUGAACAACCCCAACCAACAAAUGAACAUGGGCCCUGCGGGGAGCAUGGGCAUGAACCGAGGCUACGGCAUGGCGGAGCAGGGCAACAUGCCACAGAGAGGGGCGCCGCCGUACUCCGGGGGCAACCGUAUGAACCAGAUGAAUCAAAUGAACCAGAUGAAUCAAAUUAAUCCCAUGCAUCAGAUGAACAGCAUGGGUCAAAUGAAUCAGAUGAAUUCCAUGCAUUCAAUGAACUCCCCCAUGAACUCCCCCAUGAACUCCCCCAUGAACUCCAUGAACCAGAACCAAAUGGGGCCCAUGAAUCAGAUGGGCCACCACGGCAUGCAUCAGCAGCAGCAGCAGCAGCAGCAGCAGCAGCAGCAGCAGCAGCAGCAGCAGCAGCAGCAGCACCAACAUCAGCAGAUGGGUCAAUUCCAUGGAGGAGGAGGUGGAGGCGGACCCGGAGGUGGAGGAGGGUACGGGAUGGGGAUGACCAGUCCCCCCCAGGGCAGUCCAGGGAUUAAUGGCCCCCAACACAACAUCAUGAGUUCACCUAGAGUCAGAGGAAGCCCAAAGAUGGGUUCCAGCCACUUCUCUCCUGGAGGUCUGAACUCUCCCAUGAGCUCUGGUCACCCCGGUAACUCUGGAGGCGGAUUAGGAAGCACCACCUUCUCCAGCAGCUCUUUGAACGCCCUCCAAGCCAUCAGUGAGGGAGUGGGUAACCCGAUGCCUUCCCCUCUCAACUCUCCUCCCCCUCACAGGCCGGACAGCUCCCCGAGCAUCAACUCCACCAAUCAGGCAGCAGGGGGGCCGUGUAAACCUAGCCUCCCGGCCUACUCUGACUCUAAGAGCCCAGGCAGCUCACUGGGGGGUGCAGGAGAGUCUCAGCAACAUCCGCACACCCCCACAAGCGAAGGGCUUCCCGACAAGCCCGACAGCCAGGCCAGUAGAGAGACAGGUCCUGUCGGGGGAGACUCCAACCGACGGGUCCCGGACACCAAGAGCCACAAGAAGCUUCUGCAGCUCCUCACCUCCCCCACGGAUGAGCUGGUGCCACCUAAUCACACACCGAGCUCUGGACCCUGCUCCACGCCCGAGGCUAAAGAAGGAACAGCCGGCGUCACAAGCCCCUCCUCCUCCACGGGAGUUUCCUCAUCCACUGGCGGAAACCACGGCGCCGUGUCCUCCUCCGGCGCACAUCUGACCAGUCAGUCGCUGCAGGAGAAGCACAAGAUCCUCCACAAGCUCCUGCAGAACGGGAACACUCCCGACGAGGUGGCUCGCAUCACAGCCGAGGCCACUGGAAAGAGCAGUCUGGAGGCCGGGGCAGCGGAGCCGGGGCCCGCAGCCGCAGGGGGGGCUAGAGGACCCGAAUCAAAGCAGGAGCAGCACAGCCCGAAGAAAGAGAAGCCCCAUGCCCUGCUUCACUACCUCCUCAACAAGGAUGACUCUAAAGAAAGCGGGGAUGUCAAGCCAAAGCUGGAAGAGCUGGAGGGGAGAGUAGCUCAGGGGCCAGGGGUCACCAGCUCGGACCCCCACUGCAUGGAUGGGAAGGUCAAAUUGGAGCCGGCUGAUGAGGCGGAGACACUGGAGACCAUUCUGGGGGUCCCAAGGAACAACUCUAGCUUCUUCUCUGAAACGGACUCCAGAGCAGUGAAGGAGGCAGGAAACAAACCAGGAAAUAUGCCGGACAGUUUACAUGACGGGGUAAGAGGCCCCAUGCCUCCAGCUCAGCGUAGUGCCUAUCAGAGAGCCUUGUCCAUGGAUUCCAAGCCCAUGGGAGGAGAAGGAGUGGUAGGAGGGGGGCUGGCCGGCAGAAGAAAUGUCCCCUGUCCCACGCUGAUCAAACAGGAGAAGAUGGAUACGCCGAUCCGACCCGGGCCCAUUCCCAACGGCUUUCCAGGGGGCAUGGGUGUGUGUCCGCCACGAGGCAAUCCAACAAGAGGUAUGGGCAGAGGUAUGGGAAUGCCUCAGAGGCCUCCCAUGUCGGCGUCAGGGGACUGGGGGAUGCCGAGGUCCAGCGGCAGCCCUGUGGCCGGACCAGGACACCCUGGCAUGGGUCGCUCCGGUCCAAUGGGAGGACCCAUGAUCAACCGGUCCAACAGUGUUCCCGGAAAAACCCGCUCUAUGCUGCAGCAGCAACUCAUGGAUAUGGGUUCCAAUGAAGCCAAUAUGGGUAUGAGCCCGUUCGGUGGGCACGGCCCCACACCUCAGUCCCCCUCCUGGCCGGACUCUGCUAUGGGAAUGGACAGACCAAAGACUAACACAACCAGGGACCAGUUCGGGCACCCCCUGGAAGAGCUGCUUGGGCCUCUGGUCAACAGCGAGGGCCCGAGUGAGGAACGGGCACUUCUUGACCAGCUGGAUUCUCUGCUCAACACCACUGAUGUUAUCGCUCUGCAGGAGAUAGACCGAGCCCUAGGCAUCCCUGAAAUAGUAGGCCAGAACCACGGACCUGAAGGACCGGAGCGAGUGCCGGUUCGGCGCCCACAGUCGGAGCCUUUCCCCGGGCCCGAGUCCUCCUUAGGCAUGGACCAAAAACCCAUGUACAGCCAAGGGUACCCUGGACCCCCGGGGCCCUCCGCUAUGGGCAUGCAGCCUGGUUAUGGUGGCAACACCAUGCAGGGCCAGUCUCCAGGAAACUUCAACCCCAUGAUGAAUCAAGUGGGCCAGACUGGGGGCUUCCCUAAUAUGGCUGGUGGUAUGGGGGGUAUGGGCAACCCGCGCGCAAACAUGAUGCGACCACGCAUGAUGACCGCCACCAAGCCUCUCAGAUUGCAGCUGCAGCAGAGACUGCAGGGACAGCAGUUUAUGAACCAGACACGACAAGGCAUUAAGAUGGAACACUCUGCCGGAGGAAACCCUGCCAUGCAUUCAGGCAUGCAGCCAGGCAUGCAGCCCGGCAUGCAGCCCGGCAUGCAACCUGGCAUGCAACCCGGCAUGCAACCUGGGAUGCAACCCGGGAUGCAACAAGGAAUGCAACCUGGCAUGCAGCCCGGCAUGCAGCCCAACAUGCAGCCUGGUCAGCCUGGUUUCCUGAACGCGCAGAUGAUGGCUCAGCGCAGCAGGGAGAUGAUGACCAUGCAGAUGAGGAGGCAGCGGAUGAUGAUGUUGAUGCAGCAGCAGCAGGGGCAGGGCCAGGGCCAGGCGGCAGCAGCAAGACGCUUCAGCCCUCCUCCAAAUGUCACCGCACCGGGAGGCAUGGAGAGCCCCAUCGGAGGCCCCGCCAUGAACCAGCCCGGACAGCAGGGUUUCAGCUACGGAGGUAACUACGCUGCAGGGAUGAACCAGCAGGGGGACCCAUCGUACAUGUCUCCUGUUAGCAGCCCACCAGCGAACAUGAUGCAAGGACGGAUGGCAGGUCCUCCUCAGACCAACAUGAUGCCGGGGAUGCAGGGAAAUCCCCAGGGAGGGGCAAUGUACCCGUCCGGAGACAUGAAAGGCUGGACACAGGGCGCCAUGCCCCGCAGCAACUCCUACCCCCAGCAGCAGUUUCCCCAGCAGGGCAACCAGGGCCAGUUUGGACCCAUGAUGAUAAACAACUCCAUGGGUGGAGCCGGGCCAGUCAGUGGGGCCGGUGCAGGACAGAUGGGCCAGAUACCAGUACAGCGGCAGAGCCAGAUGCAGGGCCCUAUUCAAGGUCAAAUGCAGGGUCAAAUGCAGGGCCAAAUGCAGGGCCCAAUGCAGGGUCAAAUGCAAAGCCCAAUGCAGGGCCAGAUGCAGGGCCAGAUGCAGGGCCAGAUGCAGGGCCAGAUGCAGGGCCAGAUGCCGGGACAGAUGGGCAUGAACCCCAUGGCAAUGGGCAGAAUGCAAAUGGGACCUGAUCAGAAGUAUUGCUGAGGACCGGAGGCAGAAUCUGGAGCCUUUCAGCUGCAGCAGAGCGGUCCGAGCCCUGAGAACAGCUGGACCUACACACACACACAAAAACACACGCAGUAAGAGCUCUCCAGCAUUAUCUGUGACACAGACAGACCGCUCAUCCAGGACAUGGGGCAUAAGGACUAAAGUUGGGCUUCAUCCCCGAUUGAAGCCUCACAUACUGUUACCCUGUGAAGGUGAUGCACAAACACAAAGUACAAGUGUGUGUGCGUGUAUGUGUGUGCGUGUGUGUGUGAGCGCAUGUUUGUGUGUGUGCUGCUGUCGGGCAGUAUUCAGCGUCACGGCCAGGCUGCAGUACGGGACUAUGGUACAACGAGCUGUGGCUGCACUUUACCAGGAAGCUUCUGUGUGGAACAAAGAUCGAUGCAAUAUUUCUUCAUCAUUACAGCCUUACUAGAGAUUCAAUGCCUUCACAACAAUGGGUUUUCUUUAUUUCUACUUUGGAUGCGCCUCAUUCUUGAAGUCAUCGGAAGCUAUAAAGCACAGUUAUCUACGUUAUGCAGAUCGGAGCAAUAACUCUACGCCUCUAUGCUUUAGACUGUAACUGAGCAUCCUAACACCUGUUAUAAGCAAACACAUGGUACUGCAGUAUUAGAUGUCUCUGUGAAUAUGAAUUGUAAAUAUUCUACAAAAUAUAUCAAACAUGCUUUUUAAAGGCCCAUUAUUGCACAAAGUAUGAGACCUGGUUGUAUUUUUGUGUCCCAUAGGUCAAUGCCUAUUUGGUUGAUUUUUAUUAUUUUUUUAAUGCCGUUGCAAAUAUUGCAGGUGUGUUCGGGGGUUUCCUUCCCUUGUUUGUCUUUUUUCUGUAUGCUGUAUUUUUUAAAUUUUCCAAAAAGUCAUGUAUUCCAUGUUUUAGCGAGGCACUUUUACUUGUGACGAGUCGAAGGUUUGAGCUUGUCGGAGGUUUCAUUGGAAGAUGGCGGAGGUGGUUGAUUACGUUAAGCAAAUGAAAUUAUUUUUGGGGGUUUUGUUUGAGGGGAGGUGUAUGGGUUUUGUCUGCAGUACAGUAAAGAGGAACGCGCUCCUCAAUGUAACCUUGCAAUGUUCUCCCCCUCCCUGUUGAGUGUAUUUUAUUCAGCCCCAUCUUCUGUUGACUAUCAUCCUCAUCUUGCCUAAUCUACCUUUUUCAACAUGCGCAAUCCAAAGAUAUUUUUCCACAUCUCUGUAUAGUCUCCGUGGUUUCUGGUGUACAUUUUUAAUGCUUUUAUUCGUCUGAAAGUAAACGGGGUACAUAUCAUGGACCUGGUUUUUGUACUGUAAGCAUACGGAGCAAGUUCCUUCGCAGUGAGAGGCGUUCAAUGCAGAGCGAAGAGGACCGGAAACUCUCAACAGAAUGUUUUUACAUCCAGGAAAAACAAACGAAGCAUGUUUUGCUGUAAAAGAGAAAUACCAAUGGAACGCAAUCCACUUCAAGACAUAUCAGUAUCUCUUCUAUCUUUCAGGAAAUAACAUCAUUUUAUGUCCAGAUCCUUUUUUCUUUUUACUUCAGGAAAAAGAAACUCUGUAGAGUUUGAAUUGAAGUGCAAAAAAGAGGCAAGAGAUCAUUUGGUUUGUUUUUACGUUAUUUCAUGGUAAGAUAAGCUGUCAUUUUACAGGAUGUAUAUUACAGAUUUUUUCUGUUGUUGAUAUUGAUGUAAAUACAAAUUUCUAUUUAAACA